UUUUGUCAUUUGUCAUACCAUUUUGUUUUGGUUUUGGCAUGUGAUUUCAAAUGCAUUUGUUUCUGGCCUUUUGAUUUUGAAAUGGGAAUAGAAAUUAAGAAAAGGCAUUCUUUAUAUUUACGUUUACCAGUUAAAAUUGUAGACGAACAACAGAUUUUAAGCUUGCAUCCAAAUAUUACUCACGUCCGUCUACCAAGACAGAAAUCGCGUCGCUGGUGCACAGUAGACUUUGAAAAUCGACAAGAGUUGGAAACAGUGUUUAAGGAUUUGAAGAAAACUAAAGUGGAAGGAAAAAAAAUUGUCGUAAAAGAUCUUAAAAGAAAGCCAAAACAACCAAGUAAACAUACUACUCAACUAUUUUAAUAUUACAAAGAUGCGAGAUUUUGUGGACAACCCUUAUGUAGAUGAAUUUAGUAGUGAUCUGGAAAAUUGGGAUGAUGAUGAAAUGCCUAUUGCUGUCAGAGUUGAUCUGCAAGAUGUAUUAAACUUGAUGGAUGAUAACCCUUAUGUAGAUAUGGAUGAGUCUGUCGUUUCCUUAGAUAAUAUUUUGGAAAGUGAUGAUUCUGAGUAUGAUCCGGAAUUUGAUGUGGAAAGUUCUGAUACCGACUUGGAGGAGUCAGAUGUUGAUGAAGAUAAUUUUGAAAGUAACGGUAUACAAGACUCAAAUACUGAAGCUGAAGCAGAAUCAUCUCCUAAGCUACCAGAUGAAUUAAGUGUCUCUGAUCCAGAAUAAAAUUGUAAUUUUUUCAUCAUUCUGUUUAUAUUAGUUUUAAGAGAUUAAAAUACCUGGUUGUAAUUUUCUAAACAUGUAGAUUCUAACUGAUAUAUAUAUAUAUAUAUAUUAAUAUAGUUUAUUGUGUUUUGAA